UCCAUUCUGCAAACAUAUAAAUUUUCCAAAAUAUAAAAAUCUGACACCUUUUCCGUAAUGUUUCCAUUUUUAACUGUACCAACUAGCUGACACCACACCAAACUUGUCCCUAUGAUAAUUCUGUAUUCGCUAAAACAAAGCCUUGAAUCAAGAAGAUGGAACUACAUCGUCUCAUCCGAGACUUUAUUGGCGUCGUGCUUUUUGCCAGCCUGGUUUUGCACGUGAUCGUUUACAUUGACCCAGCAGAGUCACAGGGUUUGACACAGCGAUGUCGAGGACGCAUCACGCAUUUCGGAGUUCCCGGAACGAGGUGUGAGAACAGUUGCCCGAAUCCGGUUCCACGACUUGGCGAGUGUAAUACUGGAUUGAUGUGCUGCCUCACGCACGAGACUGUGAACGGUUGGGUAAAUGGAUCAGAUUAUUUUUGUAGACGUCGCUUGGAUGAGUUGUGUGAAAGCCUGAGCCAAGCAGAAUUUUGCCAGACUGUUCCAUACUGUAUCCAUUGCAAAUGGAAUACGGUUAUUAUUCCGACCAUGGACAUGUGUCAAGUAUGCCAGUAUGAAAUUACUGCGGGGAGAGAAAAUCAGUCUGACGCGUUGUCAUUAUUGGAGCAGGCGUGCCAGCUCCACAAAAAAGAGGGAGAUCUCGAUAAGUGUGUCAAACUUGUACAACAACUUGAUCAAAUCCUUAUACAAGACUUUCAAACUCACAAUGUGACGAUUUUCGACACCUGUGCACUGCUGGCCCUCUGCCACGCGAAUUUUGAGGUCAGCGUGACCAACAUGGAUAAGAUUGAGCCAUUUAGGAAGCAUGUUAGUCGACUAAUUGAAGAAGAACCUGUCGCCAUGGCGAAAGGGGGAGGAGGUGGUCGUGGCGGUGGGGGUGGUCGAGGAGGGGGUCGUUCGUCCAGUCGAGGACGAGGUGGGUCGGGCGGAUCGUCCUCUGGAAGAUCUUCGUCUCCAGGUUUUAGGAAAAUAUCCGUCCCUGGUGGGUACGCGACUGGAUCUGUGCGUCGAGUUGGUUAUGCAAAUCGUGGAGGAAUGGGACAUGGGUUUGUGCCUAUUUUCAUUCCAACUGGGGGUGGACGUCACCUGGUUGGGGGUGGCUUGGGGGGACACACGUGCAACCUCGAGUGUGUGAUCGAAGAUAAGAAUUAUGACAUGAAUUAUGGAGAUUAUGUUGCGCUAGUGUUCUUAAUAGUCGUCGUGAUCUCGACAGUCUUACUUUGUCGACGCCGUGCACGUAAACAACAGGAGAUUGCGGAUAGAAUUUACCUAUAGUAGGUCAAUAUGUUUCAUCUGGAAAAUGUAUUCUCACAUGGUGAUAAUUAUUCAAAUUUGUAAUGUAUCAAAUGCUUAAAGAAUUUAACGCAAUUUAAUUAAUUGUUGUAAUCUACAUAGUUUGCAAGAAAAUACAUAUAUCAACAUGUAUUUAUCUACGGUAUAUUAAAAUUUGUAACACAAUUAAAUUUGUAGGGAAAAAAUUGUGACUCCUUAACAUAUUUUAAUUUCCGGUUUAAAUUGAUUUCCAAUAUGUAAAAUUCCAUCAAUGCUUGUUUAAAAGAUAUU